AUGCCGCACCUUUGGUUUAUAUUAUCUGCCUUUGCAGCAUCGUCGGCAUUGGCUCAUCCGACAGACCCACUGCACAUCCAGAAGGCGGCAGGCACCAUGUUCGCCGAUGUCAAAGUCCCAAUCCACCUCGGCGUGAUGAGUCGCUGCCCUGACGCCGUGCUCUGCGAGAGUGUAUUCGAUAAGGUACUGCCAAGAGUCAUAGGCAAGAUCGACCUGUCGCUGGUCUAUAUUGCUCACUUGGACCCGGCCGAUGAGGAUUUCGGCGUCAAAUGCAUGCAUGGGGCUCAGGAGUGCGCGGGUAACAUUCAACAACUAUGCGUAUCCAAGUACACGACGGCGCAGGAAUGGUGGGCGUUCGUGCAGUGCCAGAACUACCAUGGCCGGGAGUCAGUGGGGGACCCAGACCUGGCGCUGAGCUGUGCUGGCGCAUCGAAGAUUGAUUGGGAAGGAAGCGGCGUUGGUCAGUGUGCGGGGAAUGAUGCUAGUGGGAAAGCGCCUGAAGGAAUAGCAAUGCUGAAGGAGAGCCUACAGCUGGCCCAAAAUCUGGAUAUCAAUAAAAGCUGCACGGUGCUGAUUAACAAGAAGGCCGUAUGCGUCCACGACGGGACAUGGAAGGACUGCGAAAAGGGACACGAUGUCAAUGACUUCGUGAAACAAAUCGAAGAGGAGUACGAGCAUCUGAACGAACUCAAUUAA